AUGGCAAACAAUGACAGUCGUCCACUGUUGGAGUUAUUCUCAUCCUUUAACCAAAGUGACAUGCUGCUGGCCUUCUGUCUAUCCAUGCUGGUAGGACUUCUUCUUGGGGCCUUGGUCUACGUCCUGCUGACCUGGGCGUCCCGUCGCAAAGCCACCGCCAGAAUCACCCGGAGACGUAAAAACAAACCCAGAUCCUCCCGUUCCUCCAACCCCAUGAGCGCCCAGAUGGGCCUGUACCGGAGCACCUUCCUCAGCGUGUGCAGGCAGCCCUCCCUGGAGCCUGUGGGUCUGCUGGGAGCCACACCCGCUCCAGAAACCUCCACAUUCAGGCCUUUGACCAAGAAGAGUCGACCCAGUCUGGACAUGGGGGAGGACACGAAGGUUCUGGAGGACAUGGGUUCUAACUCGGACUCAUCGUCUCCUGAACCAAACAAGAGGCACUCGUUCUGGUUGGGCAGUAACGGCCUCAAAGGGUUCUUCCCGUUACAGUCGUCUCCUCCGGCCUAUGACAGUGUCCUCCACGCCUUCGAGGAGACGACGGCCUGA